UGAAGGAUGCUGAGGAAACACUGUGAGAGUUCUUACGUGUAGGACUGGAAGAGAAGGGCCGUCCGAGGAUAUGGAGUUCUGCAGAGAGCGUUUAAGACCCCGCAGGACCAUCGCGCUGCUGGCCGUGAUGAUGAUGUUCAGAUGGGGAAUAUUCUGCACAGCAACGGCGGACAGAUGUCUGUCCUCACCGUGUCAAAACGGAGGCACAUGUAAAGACACAGGAACAGACUAUGUGUGCAACUGCCCGGAUGAUCCAUUUAUUUAUGUGGGUAAAGACUGUGAGCUAUAUGAUGUCUGUGUCCUUGUCAGCUGCCCAAACUGCAUCAGUAUCCCGGGUACAGCAAACUACACCUGCUCUUGCACUGAGGGCUUUGGAGGCCCUGACUGUACGCAGAACAUUAGCGAGUGUGAGAGUAACCCCUGCACGGGCAUUAAGAGCCACUGUGUGGAUGGAGUAAAUGGAUAUUCCUGUUACUGCCCCAGUGGCUACAGCGGCGAUGACUGCCAGACGCGUGUGAGGGACUGUUCAGACGACCCGUGCUUUAACAACGCCACCUGCACGUGGGUGCCGAGCGGCUAUGAAUGCCACUGUGCCCGGGGCUUCCAGGGGAGCCACUGCGAACAGGAUAUUGAUGAGUGCCUGUCCCAGCCUUGUCAGAAUGGUGCCAUCUGCCUAGAUGGCAUUGACAUCUACCAGUGCUUCUGCGUGCCUGGGUUUCAAGGUUACCACUGUGAGAUAGACAUUAAUGAGUGUGCAUCACAACCCUGCGAGAACAACGGGACGUGUAUAAAUGAAAAGGACCGCUACACCUGCGAGUGUCUGGUAGGGUUCACAGGAGUGAACUGUGAGGUGGAGAUAGAUGAAUGUGAGGUGGCUCCGUGUCAUAAUGGUGCCACCUGUCAUGACUACGUGGGGCUGUACAAUUGUGAGUGUUUGCCUGGGUUUGAGGGCAUCAACUGUGAGGUGGACAUUGACGAAUGUGUGACUGUGCCCUGCCUCAACAACGGUACAUGUAUCGAUAAGGUGAACAGCUAUGAGUGUGAGUGCAGCAGAACUGGGUUUACUGGGGAUUUCUGUGAGGAGGACAUUCCUGAAUGUGCAUCUAACCCUUGCCAGCAUGGUGCUACCUGUCAGGAAGGAGUUAACCAGUACACCUGUCUCUGUUGGCCAGGAUAUGAGGGAGAGAACUGUGAGGUGGACGUGGACGAGUGUGCAGUUCAGCCUUGUGAGAACGGCGGAGAAUGUUUCCAGCGUUCAGACCAGAGUCACUAUGGUGUCCUGCCCCAGCUGGAUGUGGACUUCAGCUACAAACACGCUGCAGGCUUCUUGUGCCACUGCAAGUCUGGCUUUACAGGAGAAAACUGCUCAGUGAACAUAGACGAGUGCGAAUCCAUGCCGUGUGAAAAUGGUGGAAGCUGUGAGGACCUGAUCAAUGCGUAUCAGUGCAUUUGCCCAUCAGGGUUUACAGGUGUACUAUGUGAGAUGAACAUUGACGAAUGCGAAAAUGAGCCAUGUCAUAAUGGUGCCACAUGUGAGGACGGCAUUGAUGAGUACAAUUGUCAUUGCCCGGCCCCUGUACCUGAUCAGCUGCCUUGGGGUGGCCAUGACUGUGACAUUGCUCUGACUGGCUGUGUGGAUCAUCUCUGCCAAAAUGGAGCCACCUGUUUGCCUUCACUUCAUGGAGACCAACAUAAGUUCAGCUGCAUGUGCCCUCCUGGUUUCUAUGGUGAACACUGCAACAUCUCCACCACAUUCUCCUUCUUCAGAGAAGGCUACGUGCUUGUGGAGGUUCCUAAUAACAGGACACGCAGGGAAGUACGACCUCAAGUGCCUAGUGUUAAGUUGAGGUUCAGGACAACUUUACCAGAUGUAGUCCUGUUCUUCAGGGGAAACGCAGAACAUUUCUUCUCACUGGAGAUGAAUGACGGAAAUCUUUUUGCCAUGGCUGAAUUUAAGGACUUAAAAUUGAUGGUUCAGGUCCCUGGAUAUUUUAACAAUGGCCUCUGGCAGAGCGUCUCUGUUUUUGUGGACGAGAAGCUGGUUCUAAUUUUAGAGGAUAAAGAGGAAAUGGUUGAGGAUGGAGGUCACAAUCAGCUCCUCUUUUUCCCCCCACAUGGUCUGGAGAAAGUGUAUAUUGGUGGGUUUCCACAAGAAUAUCUGGACAAAACAAAGGCUAGAAAGGGAUUCAUUGGUUGCUUGGAGGACCUGCUAAUUGAUGCCCAGCCAAUUUUGCCUCAGGACAUCACCCCAGAGCAGGCCAUGGACAUCCAGCUGGGCUGUGAAAAGACUGAAUGGUGCCGUCCAGAUUCUUGCUCCCAGCAAGGCCACUGUGUAGACCUUUGGACAGAGUACAGGUGUGACUGUUACAGGCCCUUUUACGGAAAUAUCUGUGCCGAUGAGUACUCUUCAUGGACAUUCAACCAUGAACGUAACAGAAGCUUUGCUGCAUUUCCAGUUACUAAGAGCCAUGGCAGUAACAUCAUUAUAUCGCUUUUCUUGCGGUCCCUGAAAUAUGAUGGCCUAGUUUUGCAACUAAAACGAGGGAAUCAGGCCUACUUCACUGUGUUCCUGAGGAGAGGCACAGUACAUGUUGCUGUAUAUUCCUCUAUUAGAGGGAGUUCCACGUUCAUCACAGAUGGGAAGAAGGUCAUGGUUACUGUCGCCAUACAGGAAAGGUAUUUGUACUUCAACACCACAGAACUACUCUUUGGUCCUGGUAAUUUCACUGGAUUUGAAGUAGAGGCAGGAGAUGUGGCAUAUCUUGGAGGACUUCCUGAAGUAGACGAUACUACUCCGUGGGGUGGCCACUUCAAAGGGUGCCUACAGGAUGUGCGGUUGGAUGACACACAGCUCUACAUGUACGUGAACAAAAUCACCCAAAAACCGGAACAUUCCAGCUACUUACAAAGUAUUUCACAUAAUUUACUGGAGAACUGCAUCAGUGACCAUGCAUGUAGGAUGAACCCUUGCAUGAAUGGAGGAGAAUGUCUGAUCGAAUGGAAUGACUUUAUGUGUUCCUGUCCCCUGAACUACACUGGCAAGACAUGCGAUACUCGAGUGUGGUGUGUUAGUGACCCAUGUGUCAUGGGGAGCCAGUGUGUGGACCUGCCUGAUGGAUAUGAAUGCUUGGCCAAUGCCACAUUUGAGAACAAUGCUUUGAAGUAUGCAGCUAAUGGAUCUUUGUCCAUCUCUGUGACGAUGGUUUCUGUGGACCUGCGGACUCGUGAGGAGAGCGGGACCCUUCUACGUGCCUCCAAUGGCCUGGAGUUCUUCUGCAUGGGACUCCUGAACUCCUCCUUGUUAGUCAAGAUCCGCAGCAGCAAUACCCUGGAUGUGCAGGCCUUCACUAGUGAUGUUGAGGUUUCUGAUGGAGCGUGGCACCGGGUGGAAAUCAGAAAGAGUGCGCGCCACUUGUCAUCACGCUGGCAUCUCAUUGUGGAUGGUCGCGCAGCUGGCUUUAGCAGAGUGGUUGCUGGCAAUCUUGACUUCUUCAACUACUCCACUGUGUGGUUGGCAGAGAACUUCACUGGAUGUCUUGGUGAGGUGAGGGUUGGGGGAGUGUAUCUGCCACUGGUGGAAGGCCUUCAGGUGGAAGGGUCUCAGGGUCCGCAAUUUACCCGCUAUGGUGGCAUGGCAGAGCCCACACUGGGCUGCAGUGGCACCCCCUUGUGUCUUUCACAGCCAUGUUUGAACAAUGGUGUGUGUGUGGACCUCUUCAACCAUUACAGCUGUGACUGUGCUCCGGGCUGGGGAGGUGAACACUGCCAAGAUGACAUCGACGAAUGCGUCUCGGGGCCUUGUACCCACGGGACCUGCAGGGACCUGCUGGGGCAAUUCCAUUGUGAAUGUGCCAAGGGCUAUCAAGGCCCACAUUGUGAUGAGGACGUGAAUGAAUGCCAGGAGCAACCAUGUGAGCAUGGAGGCUCUUGCAUGAACACAGUGGGUGGAUUCAACUGCACCUGUCCGCCAGACUACAGGGGUCCACGCUGUCAGUGGAGUUAUCCUCCUCUGCAGUGUGAAGUGGAUGUGCAGUGUACUAAUGGAGGGGUCUGUAUGGAUGGACUCUGGGGGGCCAACUGCACCUGCAAACCUGGGUACAUUGGAGAAAAAUGUGAGGUGGAUAUUGAUGAGUGUGAGUCCAACCCCUGUCUCAAUGGAGCCACCUGCAUGGACAGACAGAAUCAUUACCUGUGUGACUGCUUGCCAGGCUUUAGUGGAGAAAACUGCGAGGCUACUAGGCAGCCUCAUAGGGAGCGCAUUCCCUGGUUGGUGGUGGCGAUCCCACUGAUGUGUCUAGGUGCACUUCUGGCAGUUGUGGGGCUGGUUUGCAUGGUGCUCACAGCCCGAAAAAAGCGGCAAUCUGAGGGCACGUACAGCCCCAGCCAGCAGGAGGUGGCGGGAGCUCGUCUGGAGAUGGGCAAUGUGCUCAAAGUGCCUCCUGAGGAGAGACUGAUUUGAUGUAAGACCUUUAACAUCUGACUUUUGAAGGACUCAAAAAAGUAUUGAAUGUAGAUACCCUGUGUGUUUCCUUGACACCAAACAGUAUUCUGGACUGUUAGCGCAAGUAAUUCGAUUUGUGACAAAGCCACCAGAUAUGGUUGGCGAGGUGUGAUGGAACAAGCAAUCUGGGUCCUGAAUAGAAUAAGAUGUAUGUUUAAGUGACAGAAAUCAUAGGAUGUAAUUGACUGAAAUCAUAAGACUUCACAAGAAAGUCUUCAACUAGCAUGGUUGAACAAACAAUGGUUUACGUUUCCUAUAACAAAGAACUAUGGAAUACCCACUGAAGCUGGAUGUACAUAUGCUAUGUAAAAUACUCAUUUUUACUUCCCUUCCUCUUCUAGGCUUGCUUGUCAUGUAUGCUCGUUGUGUUUUAUAGUAUUCUGUGGGUUUAAAAUGUAGUUUAGGAUAUUUAACUAAAUCAGCUCAUAAUGUCUUAAUGAGUUAGUUGGCAAAACUUACAAACACACUGUUGUUCUUUACCUAUUUUCCAGUGCCAUUCAUUUAAAGAACCAGGUCAUUUAUUUGGCCUUAUUAUGGUUUAAUCCAUGGUCCUGUAGUUUAAUCUGUGAAUAGUAGUUUACACUGUGUGCACACAGUACUGUGCAAAAAUCAGAGACUAUCCUUUAAUGUCCAGUCAAAAGGCCAUUAAAGAUACACUAUUCAUUUUUCAAGAGAUAUUUUUGAGGAUGCUAGAUAUAAGAUAAUGUACUUGUAUAAGGAAGGGCGAAGGAAAAGAAGGGAAAAAAACAGGAGUUUCCCCAAGCUGGAGUUAUAUUGUUAAAAGAUAGAGAGAAAAUGGAACUCCUAACAACCAUGGAACCUGGCAUACUGUUGCCCUCAGAUAAACGGUACAGCUUUCAUCUUUGAAAGACAGGAGAAAAUCAUGCUCCAUUCUUACUUAAAAUCUGAAAAAAUCUCCAGGUGUUUCUGUCCGUCCUUCUGCUGUGAGAAAAAGAUGUCUGAAAAAAGUCU